GUGAGUGACGUCAGCAGUAGUGACGGCUCAGCUCAUUUGCCAGGCACAGGCAGGGUAAACCUGGGAUUUAGUGGGUAAACCUGAAAUACUUCGAUAAAAUGCUUAAACUCUCUGGUAAAACUAAUAAAUAAAUCGUACCGGUGGACAGACACAGUGGGCUACUCGUCGCUUUCUCAAACAAUUUGAGGCACCAGGCUCCUCUUUUUAACGGUAAUUUGGGAUCUAUGUUUUUGCAUUCCCUGGGUCUCUCCUGAUUGAAGGGAAAUAGGCUAAGAUCCGACUCGAGUGCAAUGAGGGUUCUCACUGGAGACCAGCUUCAUACGGUUGAGACCUUGCUGAAGGUUUUCUUACCACAAUCGCAGCAGGUGUAUGGUUGCGUCUUCCUAAUCAACAGAAGACAGUCUGACCUAGUCGAUGUUUUAGUGGACAAUUGGCCAGACUUCACUACAAUUCUCUGCCUACCACAGAAUAAAGAGGAAGGGGACCUCUUCAAAACCAUCUGCAUGUUUACUAAAGAUGAGCCAACCUUGCGGAAAAUCCUGGGACAGACUGACGUUUUACCCUGGCAGGAGUUUUUUUGCCUAGGUCUUGACCUGUGUCAUGAGGACACGGUGAUGUGCAUUGCAGGGGACAGACGGGUAUCGGCUGAGAAAGACGCUGUGGCCCGUCAGAUGAGACUCGAAGACCUCAGUCGUCUCCCCGAGUGGGACAGCAAUCUGACAUUAAGGCUGUCCUGUCUGGACGAGUCCCACGUCGACUUGGUGAACAGAACCUGGAAGUUCAGCCAGGGGGCGCUCACUGCCAGAAUGAUCCGGGACAUGAUCUGUCACUUCCCCUCAUGCUGUUUGCUGGACGAGGAGGGGAAAGCGGUAGCUUGGAUUUUGACUUAUGCUAACUGUGCCCUGGGGCUACUGUACACAGCCCCAGAGCACAGGGGAAGGGGCUAUGCCACAGUCCUGAUAAGUACCAUGGCAACAAGGCUGCACGCCCAGGGUUACCCUGUGUACUGCUUCAUCGAGGAGGAGAACCACCUGUCCUACAGGCUCUUUAAAAAACUGGGCUUUACUGAAGACCCCUCCUACAGGGCCGCCUGGUUUACGUUCAGUAAGGUACAAAAGUAAUUUUUGUCCCCAUAAAUACUCUUUGAAGACAAAGCUUUGUAUCAUCAUUUUGGUCGAAAAGCAAUUAAUGUUGGACAAUAAAACAAUUUAAAGGGUUUCACAUUC